AAUAAUGUGCGAUUUUAAUAAAGAUUAAAUAAGAAUUAAGAAUAUUUUUGUUUAAUAUCAAAUAUUGAAAUAUCAGUUAUAAAAUAGGUUGUUACGACUUACGGUAUAUCUUACAAAAAUGUUGACUCUACGUAGAGCUACCCGCGUUCUACAAGUUUUAAAAACCACCCAAAAAUGCGAACAAUCAUUUCAUAGAUGGUUAGGUCCAACAUUGAGAGAAUUGAAACGCAGGAAAGAUAGUCAAGGCCCUGAAAAACCAGCUCACCGCAAAACAUUCCUUGAAUGGAAUUAUGAUACUGAGAUCUAUGCAUUCAGUAAGCGUUUAGGUGAAGAGUUCAAUAAUGAUUUACUGCAACAGGCAUUAACCGAACGAUCAUAUAUUAUUCGUGAGGAAGAAAGACAAAAGAAUGUUGGUAUAGAGCAACCUACUUUAAAUUUAUCUGAUAAUACACAAUUAGUUUCCAAGGGUUCAGAUUUUAUCGAUGACAUAGUCAAACGUUAUUUGCGUACAGUUUUACCUAGAUUACCAGAAGAAGGAAUCAUAGAAAUUCACAAGUAUUUAACAAGUAUUGAAACAUUAUCUCAUGUCUCAUUCCAUAUUGGUACAUCUGAUUUGAUUCUUUGUGCUGAUUUUCCAGUGGAAAAACUUACUUUAUCUAAUGUACUGAAAUCUAUAAUAGCUGCAUUGAUUGAAAGUUCUGGUAAUAGUCGAGCUGCAUUAUUUGUGCGAGAUUUUAUUUUAACACAAAUAGCUGAUAAGGACUUGCAUCAGUUUUGGGAACCUGAUGAACCUAUUAAACUGUUAUCAGAAAUAUUAGCUAGAGAUGGUAUUCAAUCUCCUGAACCUAGACUCAUUGGAUGCUCUGGCAAAAAUACAAUAUUAGCAUGCUUUAGAGUAGGUUUAUAUACUCCAAAUGAUAAACAAAUGAUUGGACUUGGUUUUGGAGAAACUGUAGAUAUUGCACACGAAAUGGCUGCAAGAGAUAGCUUACGUAAAUUAUUUGGCACCUCGGAUACCAUUUUACUUCCAUUUAAUCUUAAAUUGGAUCAGUUGUGUGCAAGUUCUGCUAGGAAUUUAUCUCUAAAUGAAUGGUCACAAAAAACAUUACCAGUUCAUCCAUCACAUUUUGAACUUCGUCAGACCAAAGAAAUAUGUAGUAAUUAAAUGUAUUAAAUUAUUAACAUCAAAUUAGAUUUUAUAAUUAAAUUUGUAUUUUAAGU